GCUCGCAAUGAGCUUCUUCGGCUUCGAUACUACCCUGCCGCGCGACACGACCAGAGGUGGUGCGCGGGGUGGGCAGAUCUCCAGCGAUGACCCCUUCAACCCUCUCGGUGGAGACCUCGACGAUGGCAGAGAGCUACAGGAUGAUGAGCUCGAUGCAAAGAUCAGAGGACUCACCGCCGGUGCUCAGGAGGACGUUGAAAUCUACGAGUGGGGAGGAGAGGGAUACGAUGGGCUUGGCGAUAUGCUGGACGAGGCAGGCGACGAUCUGAACGAUGACACGUUUGGUGGAAGCUCAGCAGCUGUCGGCAAAGACUUCGACUUUGGCCACGGAGCCGGUCAACCCAAUCAACAGCAGCAGCAGACGACAAAGAAGCCGAUGGACUCCAUGUUCGCCAGCAACUUUGAUGACUUCUGGGCCUUGCCCAGCUUCGGAGGCGGUCAGAGGCAGCAGCAGCAGCAGCAGGCGCCUGCUCCUGCUCCGCAAUCGCAAGCUCCAGCUGUGUCUCAAUUCGAGCACCAAGCGCCUCAACCUACACCGGCCAGAUCGGGUUUGACAAUGGAGGAGAUCGAGGCAGAGCUGCGUGCCGCACGAGUGUCCCAGCAGCAGCAGCAGCCACCCUUGCCAUCACAACCUGCUGGCCUUACAGGCAGACAGCAGAUGAGCGUAGAGGAGAUUGAGGCCCAGAUGCGGGGUAAUCAGCAGCGCCCUACUGGGCCGCCGCUCCCGCAACAACAGCAGCAGGGCAUGUUCCCUCAAGGUAUGCCCCCCGGAAUGCCACCUCAGUUCGCUGCCAUGAUGCAAGGUCAACAGGGUCAAUACCGUGGUCAGCCACACCCUUCACAGCAGCCCUUUGCCCCGCCCACUGGUCCUGCUGGCCCCAGACAAGAUCGUCUAGACUCAGACUUCCCUCCUUUGGGCGCACCACCACCUCCCGGGGCCGAUUCGUCACCUCCACCUCCUGCCCAUAGCAACAUUCCCCUGCACCGCCCGCAACAGCAAAUGCCAGGACCUCCGCCGCCUGUUCUUAGUGCUGAAGCUAUGCGAGAGCAGGAUGAGCAGCGCUUGGCUCGAAUGCGGGCCCUGCUCAAUGCUCUCCCCGAGCCAGUGCAACAGGGCAUCAUCUCCCUGCCUCCACAGAUGCACUUUGAUGUCUUGAUGGGUCUUUCCAGGGAAUUCCCGGUGCUGCUCGAGCCACGGACAUCCGUUGUCGAGGAGGCGCAGAAGCAGGCUCAAGAAGCCGCUCUCAGACGGCUUGGCAAAAUCGCCGAGGUGAGGAACAAAAUCGCACAACGGGAGGCCAAGAUUGCAGCCAUGUCGCGGUACAACAACGUCAUGAGUGUCAGCGACAAGGAGUUCAUCACACGUAUCCAGAUCUCGCAGAUCAUCACUGCAGACCCAUACGCCGACGAUUUCUAUGCUCAUAUCUACUUUGCCUUGAGGAACAACCGCUCCCUGGUCAAUCCUGGCCUGAUGGGCGCUCCCCCCGGUGCCGCGGGUCCGGGUCCCGGUCCGAACCAACAGCAGCAGCAGCCUCCCAAAGGACCCAAGAACAGCAAAGGGUCACAGCGGAUGAACGCUCAACAGAAGGCUAUGCUUCGCAUGCAGCAACAAGUUGAGCGACUCGUGGCAGACCGGAAGCAGCGAAUCGAGAAGGCCACAUCCGGCACCAUUAACCCCAAUCUGCAAGGAGCAUUGGGUAAGGUAGGCGGUAACAGCGCUAACACCCCUCGAAAAGCUCUACAGAUCUCAAAGAGCGAAGAAGGUGGCAACGGACAGACCAACGGCAAUUCGGCCGCGGACGCGGUCAGGCAGGCUUUGGAAGGCGCCUCUCUAGGAGGCAGAGGAGGCGGCGAGAGCGCAUCGGCUGAUGGCAGGCGCGCCCCGCUCACUCGACAUGAAAGCCUGCGGAUCCUUGAGAAGCUGUAUGACACUCUCUUGAGCCUGGAGCAGCUCCGGCGAUCGCUCGAUGGCCCCGCCGAUGAGGCUGGCCAGGCCGCCGCUCGCGAACAACAGGAGGCUCUCGUGGCCACUCUCUGGAAGGAGUUGCGCAUUCUCGAGCCUCUUGAGAUCUCAGAUCCCCACCCCUUUGUCUCGCUACUGGGUACGACCAAGGGCAAGCGUCUCUUGCCCCGCGCUUUGCGACAUCUCUCCUCCGAGCAGACAUUGACGGCUCUCACAAUGAUUGUCGCCUCCUUCGACACCCUGGAUGUGGUGCGCAACGCUGCUGUGCUGGACGACGUCUCUUCCUUUAUCCCGGGUACAGCUACUACCCCCUCCCCGGCUGCCGCGGCAAAGAGGCGCGAUGCCGAGGAGCAGUCCGAGCUCUUUGGCACGACGAUCGUGCCUGCCAUGCUGGUCCUCAUGGGUGGCAGUCCGAUGAAGAUCGUCAUCGGCAUGCUCGCCCUGUUCGUCGAGAGGAAUGACGUGGUCAAGGUGGUUCGUAGUCGAGCAGGAAUCGCCUUUUUGACCAUUCUCCUCUCCCGAGCUGCGACACUACGAUCUCAGACGAGCGCCUCUGCCGCCGAUGGAGGAGACGCUGCCGCCUCCGGAGCCACGCCAGAGGAGCAAGCACAGUGGUCUUCCAUCUUCCAGCUCCUCUUCGAGCGUCUGGUUACCGGCUCCGGCGGUCUUUCCAAUCUCUUCCCCUCUUCGCGCGCCAAGUCCAAUCUACCCUUUGGUCUCUCCAACUACCUCUUGCAGCAGUCUUCGAACCCAUACGCGUCCAGCCUCCAGUCCCACCUGGACGAAGUCGACGAGCCCAUCUGGAACCUCUAUGCUGCGCUGGCAAUCAAUGCUACUUCGUCCAACUCGAUGGAACAGCAGAGUAUCCUUGUGCAGGAGCUCAGGGAAAAGAUUCUGGAGAAUGUGUUGGAGGCGCGAAACAAGAGGGACACUCUGGAUGGAGAGAGGAAGUUGAGAUUGGUCAACAUCUUCCUCAAUGCUCUCAAUUUGGACGCUAGCCAGAUUACCUUCUAGGCGAUCUAAAGCAGGUAGGAAGAGAAAGUUGGAGGGAGAGGGAGAGGAAAGGAAACAGUGAAUGAGAAAUGGCUAGAAUUGGAGUGGUGGAAGUGCCAAUGAUGGGACAAUAGUUAAAGAGCCGACAAAGGCAGGCUCUGUGUGGUAGUGGUAAUGGUAGUGGUGGUAGUAGUGUAUUCUCUGCGUCGAAAUUCAGCAAGCAACAGUUUAAAGCAUCGUUUAAGAUGAAAUGGGACAGAAGGACCGCAUACGUGCAGCGAGCAGCGAGCGUAUCAUGGUCAAGGUGGACACAGGAUAUAGGAUAUGAUAUUAAGCAUCUGAGCAGCGCACAUC